UCGGCAACAGUCGUGCAUCGGCGCUCGCUCGGAGUGGAUCGCCGGUUCUUGUGGUUUCCUCGCAAGUUGCCGACAGAAUGGCGGUGAUGUCGCUGCUGUUGGCGCCGUUCUCGCCACGAGACGACGACGACGUCGAGGGACGCUCUUUUGCGCGUUGACGUUCUAUUCUCUUGAUCGUGAUCGACCUUUACUUUAUUACGUUUUAUUUCUUUAAUCAUUCCCGAGUAUUGUUUCUUCGACAUUGUUAACUCGCGUUAAAAAAAGGAAAAAAAAAAAAUAAACAGCAUAAAGAAAAAUACAAAGAAAGAAAGAAAGAAAGAAAAGGACAAAAAUCGCGCGAUAAAGAAAGAAAGAUCUUUUCGUAUUUCUAUAUCUCUGUCGUUUUCUUUGACUCUUUCUUUCACUCACCUUAUAUCCUUCGUACUCUUUUCCGUGUGACGUGGGUUGUGUAUAGUGGGUGUGCUUCGUUCCUUCCUUACUACAGAAAUAUAUAUAUAUAUGUGUGUACGUAUGUAUAUAUAUAUAUGCACGCACUUUUCCCUUUGCCAUUCUUUUCCUUCGCGAAUUUAAAGUGAUCCUUUCUCGAAUUUCCUGUGGAAGAAACACCGUCGUCGAUCGAGCUCCGAAGAAAACGACGAGUGGCUUGGAUAAAGCCACGAAGAGAGCUACUUACAUCGAGAGAACUCCUCCGGCGAGAGAAUCAACAGGUGUAUCCCGGAUGGCGGGGACGUCGGUUACACGAUGACGGAAUUGCAACCGUCGCCGCCAGGAUAUCGUGUACAGGAUGAGGCCCCAGGUCCACCUUCCUGUCCCUCGGGGACCUACAAGUAUACGAACCACGGGCAUGACAACGAGACUACCAAUUUCAAGGGUGCCACGUCGUAUACUCAGGAAGGCUAUGGCCUUAAGAAGAGUCCGUCCAGGACGGUGCCGUCUAACCAAUACUAUCGUCGCAGAAACGACGGCAGGAGGUCAACAGAAAACGAACACGAAGGCAAUAACAACGUCGGCAACAAAAAAACAGCGAUUGCUGGUUACAACGAGAGUAACAAGAAAAAUACUUCGGGCUAUAAGAACGACAGCGGGUAUAGCGAGACUCUUGGAUUCGACAGUUUCACUCUCGCUCUCAACGAAAGGGACGAAGCUUCGCCACCACCAACACCACCAGUUAGAGACGCAUCCAGUCUCAAAGGUGUCUGCUACGGUCCAGGUCAUGAAAAAUAUCCAUCUUGGCCGAGCGCCCCUGAACGACAUCCCGACGAAGACAUUCACAAUUUAAGCCACAACGGAUCGCACCGUUCCAAAUCCUGGACCGAUCACACCAAUUAUCCGAAAGAGAAACCAGCUCAAUAUACGAGACCUCAUACAAAGAGACCUAAUCCAGUCUUCACUCAGCAGCUAAAAACGGUGAUGGAACGUUGCGAGAAAAUACCAGCGGAGACUUUCGAGUCGCGUAACAGAAAAAGCGUCGAGGAUGAGCCACGUUUGUGGCCUCGCGUAGAUCGCGAAGGCAAGGCAUUAGGAGACGCGGAAUACGUAGUUCCAUCGCCACCGGAAAGAGAACAACAAUCGGCUCAGACUCUCAGCCAUGCGGAUCUCGAAGCUUACGUUAGAAGCUAUCAAGAUCCUCAAGUGUCCCAGGUGGAUUUGUAUAGAGAAACGGCAUUAACGCAGGCGGGUUUGGAAGAAUACACGAGGGUCCAACAUUCGCAACAGGCCAGUUACGCACAAUCCGAGGGCUAUCACAGUUAUGUUUCCAGCGUUGAUUCCACGACCAAUACACCUUUUCUCGAUAGACUUCGAAGAGAUAGCGAAGCCGUGGCGCAAAGAUCUACUCCUUCUUGGGAAGAUACUUCGAGGGAGGGCAGAGACAGUGUGGUGACAACGUCUAGCGGAAGUGCUUCCAGUAGUGAAACAUUAAAAUGGCACGGUUCGAUGUCCGACGUCAGCGUUUCUAGUGGUUUACCAGCGAGACAGACCUGUACUUCGGACAGGUGGCAUCAUGGCUCGAUGUCCGACGUCAGUAGCGUCAAUGGUGGGAUGAUGGCUCAGAAAUCAAGUAACGUAUGUCAUGAAAAGUGGCAAGAUUCUAUGAGUGACGUCAGUACGAGCGGAUUAUCGCCAACGACGAAAGGAAGGCACAGUGAAAAGUGGCCGGACAAAUGGCAGGCUUCGAUGAACGACCGAAAUAAACAAGGACAGACCAGAGCAAGUUUACCAGGAGUUAUAGGACACUGCGUGGCUUCUGCCUCUGUCGGAGACAUUUGUCAAUCAUCGACAGUUCGAGAGAACAAUUGGCAAGAAUCUAGUAUAGACGAAGAUUCCCUUGAUAGAUCGCAAAGCAGCCAUCCGUGGGAUGGUUCUGUUACAUUGGACGGUGAUAAAUAUAGAUCGGUCUCUCAACCGAUGCCGCAAAGUCCAACCAGACAAGUUGUGCCUACGAGUCCACAAAGUCCCGACGGAUGGGAUCCUCUUCAUGGAUCCAUGUCAGAUGUUAGCCAAUCGAACGGCAUACAGUGCAACAAACAGUUAAUCGCUUAUAGCGCUAGAGUGCAGACCCCACAACGACAUCUUUCAGAGAGUGUAUUGUACUUGGAUCGCGAACGUAAUCAACGAAAAUUAUAUCCUAUUAGCACUACGCAGCCGCAGGAAUCGCCACAGUCUUCUUCUAGAAUGGCACCCACGUCACCGCAGCAGUCUCCAUUGUCGGUAGCUGAACGUAUAAGCGAGUUAGAGAAGCAACAACAACAGCAACAACAGAUGCGUUACACUUAUCUGGAUCCUGAGAAACGGCAUAGAGUUUCUGAUCCGACUUUGAAAGCCAUUCAAAAGAAAGCACUAUUAUCUUUUUACGAAAGACAUCAUCAAGCGUCCUGGAGAUCAGAGCCACAAUUAGCUCAAGGCUCAGGGACCUCUCCGCAGAGUCCUCCGCCGCAACCACCGCCACGACCUAGACCAUCCUCCUCGAGACGAGCCAGUUCUGCGUCCGAUUAUGCUAGUGGCACGUGGAGAGAGAAUUCCGGUAGAGGACAAAAUCAAGGAAAUUCAGAUCUACCGAGUCCUAAGCAUCAGCAUAGUAACAGUUGCGGCAGUCUUUCUACAGAUUUAUUGGGUCCGGUUAUAGUAGGGCCUGCUAUAUCCAUCGACGAUUGGGUCCCAGAAAGACCACCCAAGAAACCUCAUCUUAGGAAUGUUUACAACGAUCGCGUUCCUAGUCCUGAUUUACCACCACCGUCGCCACCGACAGUGACAGAAAGCGAGGUCCAUGAAUGCGACGAUCCUUUACCACCUCCGCCGCCCGAACUCAGCGAAGAUUGUUAUCCAGAUAGUACACGAAAAACCAGUUCGGCUCAUCAUCAACUCGAGGAAGGAAAGAUGCACCGCGAGAGAUCCUGCGAGCGACACAAAUCGGAGAGACAUUCGAUGAGAAGAUCAAAACAUAACAACAAACGAGAUCUUGAUAAAACAUCUGGCAAAUCCUCGCCGAAUUCUCCGACAACGAAAAUCUCUUCGCAGGAACAAGAUCAGCAUCAAUUUGUAAGAACUCCAACGACGUUGAAACACGUCGAUACCGAAAUGAUCCAUGAAAAUGGCAUUUCCCCGGGUUUUGCCGCUCACAGAAUGAUGACAACUGGUCGUUCGAGUUUAAGAUAUCCUUCUACCCAAAAGCUUAUGGUAAACGGUAGAAUAGCGAGUACGAGAAGAAUAUCCGAAGAAAGACCGUUCACAGCUAGACCACCCGCUCAAUUACCCGAUCUCAUAUCUCAGCGUUAUAGUGAUUCUGGAAAUCAACGACCAGCGCCUCAAGUUCCUGUUGAACCACGUAUCAUUCGACAAGAAUCGAUGAGAGUCGAAAGCACGAGAAUCGAUGCAUCUGGAUUACUACGCAACGAUUCUGGUCAAAGAUUGGAAUCGUCAUCAGGACAGAGGCCGCAGCCUCAAGUACCCAAGAAUACCGAUAAAAAUGGUUCGACGAAUCAAUCGAAUCAUCAACAAUCAAGACCAAAUUAUUUACCUGUCCCUGAUAAUUCCAAAAGUCAUGCCUUUUCUAUCGGCAGUCCCGUUAACAUGGGAUACGAGCUUGGUUCAAAACUUUAUUCCCCAGAAGCCAGUCCACAAAAGUAUCAUGAACCACCGAAGUACAUGUCCAAUCAUUAUUCUCGUCACAGCGACACACCGCCAAGAAACUAUUAUGCUCUACCACCGAAAUAUAUCGACGCGCCGAAACAAAAACCACAGCCUCAGUGUCCUACGGAUCGGUACAGCGCUUCAUCGCCCAGUUCUCCACCGCCACCUUUAGCACCGAGACAAAAUACACCUGGAAGGAAAUCCUUGCCUCCACCUCCAAGGCCAGCUCCGCCUCAUGCUAUUCAAGGAAGCCAAUCAAAGGCUUCUUACUUGGCAUAUAGAAGAGAACGUGGCGCCCCUGACAGCGAAGGUAGCUACAAAAGAACGAUGUCUCCGACCUCUCGUUUAGAAGAUUGGCCACCUCCACGGGAUCACGAUGAUCCAGUUCUGUUGCGUGUCACGCCACAUCAUCCAUUACAACACCAUCACCAUCAUCAUCAUAAUAGUCAUCAACAACAGCAGCAACAACAACAAUCACACGAACUUGCCAAAUCCCAUAGCGUCGACGCUCUUCACCAUCGAUUAGAAGAAAAGUCAAGCCAACAGCAUCAACACUCGGUCGAAUCGAUCGGGAAAUUAUCCCACGAAUUAACUAAGAAACUUCAAAUUGCUGACGCUAGAACACGUACCAAUGAGAACAACAAUAAUGACAAUCUAGAGGAUCGACAUCAUCAUCAUCAUCAUCAUCAUCAUCAACAUCAAGAGAAAAGAUAUCAGGAAAAGAGGCACGAUUAUGAGCAACGAAGAGAACGAUUAUCUCCCCAGAGCGUCGAGGUUCUCAAUGAUAGGAACAGACAAUUGGAACGAGAGCGUAGAAAAUUAGCUGCCAGUUGCGAGCCCUUAUCAGAAAAUAGAGAGAAACAGCUUCGUAAUGUCGAAAGUGGUUCUCAACCAGCAGCCGGUGAGGAUUUCUUCCGCGAAAGAAGUGCAACGAUCGAAAUGACCUCGCAAAAUAUCGAAUUACUGAACCGUAGGAAUGAGAAACGAUCCAAUGGAGGAAGUACGUCGACCGGUACAAUGUGCUCGUACACGGUAAGCACGACGACCUCCUCGAUGACUACUACGAUUACCAACAUGACAGGUAAUUGCUGGUCGAGAGGACAGGAAAAUGUUGUCGUUCAGAAAACGGUAGAAUCGAUGUCUCAUCAUGACAAACCACCACCGCCAAGUAGUUCACCACCAAGAUCUCCGGAAAGAGGAAGUCCAAGAGGAGCAAUCCCACGAAGAUCCGGAAGCUGUUCGAGCUCCUCCUCUUCCGGUAGAUCGACCGAUCCCACGUCAUCUCCUCGAAUCUUAACUUAUGGAACGCCAACCAAGAGUACACCGAAUUCCCCAACUAGAGAAGAAGGUUCCACCGAUCAAAGGAAAGUUUCGAGUCCAACUCAAACGGAUAGUACAGUCUCUUGGAACGGAUCCAAUUCUGCUGGUCAAUCAUUGAAUCAGCGUUCGUGCCAAACGAGAGAAACGGAGAAUCCUAGAACAGAAAGAACGGAGAGAUCGUCCGGUAGUUCAAAAUCAAGAUCGACGGGAAGUAGAUUCUCUUCGAAUUCCUCUUCGUCUUCGUCUUCUUCUUCGUCUUCGUCUUCGUCUUCGUCCUCAUCAUCAUCCUCCUCGAUCUCAAGUGUAUCCAAAUCCUCCACCUCGUCCUCACCUAGAAACUCACCUGUCGAUGAACAGGAUAAGAAACCUUCAUCAUCAACCACUUCACCUUGCGUCUCUCCACAACCUGGCAUCGAAGGCUUGACUUUGGUACAGCGUACCGAAGUAGUUCUUAGAGUUAACGCUGCUACAAGUGACGCGGCAUCACAGACCGAUCUCAUGGAGCAAACCGCAGAGCAAAACAUUGUCAAACAGGAGGAACCUCUUCUACCGGAACCGAGAAAAAAAUUACCGGAGGAGAUUGAGUGCGAAGAACUCAGCAGAGAUCUAGCCAGUCAACUAAGUCCAAACGACAAAUUGGUCCCCAUUCUAGUUCCAGUGCCGGAGCACAAGAAACCCACCGACUACGUUUCCGGUCUCUUUAGGGUGGAAGCGACCUUGCAGUCAAGACCGAGGCGGCGACUCUCCCUUGAGGAGUCGAUGGCCUCCUGCGUCGUAAAUGCAGAUGACGAUGAGAAAAAACACGAAAGUAUACCUUCGGUUCCUGUAACCCCAUCGUCAGCUGAUCCGAGCAGCCCGCUUUCAUCCACUUCGGCAUAUUUCACGACGUCCGAAGGUAAAGCGAGGUUUCUGACGAGAUAUUCUCGAGACGUUAGUGUCGAUGAUUCUACAAGAUCGGAAGAUACGACGGCAGUCGUUACAGCGGAUAAUUCGGAUCUCAGGAAGAAGAAGGAAGAGCUCAUGAUGCGAUUGGACAAGAAAGUGAUCGUCUUAAGGGCUGAACAAGAGGCUGUUAAAGAAGAGGGAGAAAUAAAUGAAGCCCUUGGUGCUCGCGUAGCUAUGCGUAUUUCCGCCGCAGCUAGACCAGCUGAAGCUUCCAAGUAUCGACUUCACGUUGAGGAAGUUGGCAAGAUUACUAGCCUUCUUCUUAGUCUUAGUGGAAGAUUGGCUCGUGCUGAAAACGCCCUUUAUGGUAUGCCGGCCGAUCAUGCGGAGAGAAAAAUACUGGAGGGCAAGAGAGAUAAGCUAAUAGAUCAGUUGGAAGAAGCUAAGGUUCUGAAGACGAACAUCGAUAAGCGUAGCAUCAACGUUUCGGCGAUCCUUUCAAAAUAUCUAAACGACGAGGAAUUUGCCGAUUAUCAACAUUUUAUCAACAUGAAAGCUAAGCUGAUAAUGGAUACCCGUGAAAUUCAAGACAAAGUGAAGCUCGGUGAGGAACAGUUGGCUGCAUUGAAGGAAGCUAUCGAUUAAAUCGAUUAAUAACGACGAUGAACUUUAAUGGAGACGUGUACGAAAUUAAAAUAAUAUUUUAAGUAAGAUAUUCGUAAAGUAUAAAGGUCGUAUUUAAAAGUCGCGAUACGAUAGUACUCGAAUAUUUCUUGAGAAUAUUAAUAAACAAGACUCCUCAUUCAUCGUCUAUGCGAUGUCGAAUCGAAGUCUGAACCUAUAAGGAAAACAAUGUGAACGAGCAAAGAUCUACCAUACUAUCACUUAUUAUCAAUGCAUAGAUAUAUAAAUAUAUAAACAAACAACUAUAUAUGUAUAUAUAUAUACACUUAUUCUUCAUGUGUAUAGGUGUGUGUUUAUGUUUGAUCUAAAGAAAAAGAAAAAAGAUAACAAUAACUUUUUACAAAUUUUCGAAAUUCCUUUUUCACGUGAAAAAGUAAGGAAAACUUUUAUAAAACUAACGAAGUUGAUAAUCCACGAUUAAACGGAGUCAUAUUUAACGCAAAAAAAAAAUGAAAAGAAAAGAAAGAAUGUAAAGACGAAUGUAAAUUUAAUUUUUUUCAACUUUCUUUGAUAAAAUAACAAGAAUAAAACGAUAUAGCGAUUGUUUCACAUUUUCCUUGUUAAUUUAGUAGGUUCGGACUAAAUCUCUAUGAUCUUCGAGAGCCAAGUGCCUAUGCUCAAGUGCCGCCUAGUCCUUUUUAAGAUUACACGUCGAUCUUCUCCCCGUGUUCCCUGAUGAUCCGCUCUAGAAAUAAUAUUUCUCUUAACUUUAUUAAACGAUAAGUUUACUAGAGGGUAACAUGAGGAUAAACAAAAGGAAAGAAAAAAGAGAGAGAAAGAGAGUGAGAAAAAAGAAACACGGGAAGCUUCUUCUUUAGAUCUUUCCUCGAGGAGAAAGCGACAUCGUAAUCGCAUGAAAGUGAUACGAGAAAGAAGAAAAAAAAAGAAAAGAAAAAAAAUGAAAAACUUGAUAUGUAAAUAUAUAUAGAGAGCAAAAGAAGCGAAGAUAUAAAUGUAAACCUUUAAUUGAAUGCUUCCUCAUUCGAUAAUAUGUAUGAGGUAAGCGAAUGAUUGUUCGUUGUUUUGUCAUUUUUAUAUAUAUAUAUAUAUAUAUAUAUAUAUAUAUAUAUAUAUAUUAUAUAAACAUAUGUAUACAUAUACAUAUAGAAAGGAAAAAAAGAAGAAGAGAAAAAAGAAAUCACAUGGAAAGAUUGAAUACAUUUCUUCGCUUGUACGGUAUGUAUGUAUACCUGUACAAAAUUGACGGUAUUAAUCGAUCAUUCAUAAAACUAUGAAAAAUUCUAUUAUAUUAUCAAAUAAUUGAGAAUUAUUGAAACAAUCAAAAUUCUAAUAUGUAUCGUGUAGAAAAAAGAAAUUUGAUUAUUAUUUUCGAUAAAGGAGAAAUAUGUCGUCGGCAUACGAUCGAACGAAACACAUAGUGUUUGACUUCGGUGCAAUAUUUUUUUUUAACUCCUCGGAAGGUCUGAUAACGCGAAAUGUAGAGCGAUAUAAACGAGAUAUUGACUAUACUGAAUUAAAAAGUCAAAAAAAAAUAUCUAAGCAGGUAUCGUCGACACGCUCGAAUCUUUUACACGUUGCUCGGUGUAAGCAUUAACAUUUCGCGUAUGUAUGUUUCACGAAGAAGCGAGACGUUUGAAAGGGAAGAAAAAAACGAGAAAACGAAAAAAAAAAAAACAAAAAGAAACAAAAAAAGAAAGGAAGAAAGAAAAUGAAUAUGCUAUAACCCGUGCUGCCUUCUUAUAUACAAUAUGUGAUAUAAGAGUAUAAGGAGAGCGUACGCUUUGCACCACGUCGCUAAACGUUUUUUUUUUCUCGUUUCGACGUUGUAUCUUUAAAGAUAAAGCGACGUUGUACAUGUACAUAUAUAUAUUAUAUAGAUUUUUAGUACAUAAGCGCAUACACAGGACAUAAUACUACCGUAUUAUCGAAAUUAUAUACACGAGUUUGCGUUCAUAAAUACAGACAUAUACACUUAUCCACACACACACACACACACACACAGACACGUACACGCAUACAAGAUGCCUAUACAAAAAGUACUAUUUUUUACAUUUCGUUCUAACCACGGGGUUCCACGUGGAUCCCUAUGACGCUUGUGAUUUUACUUAUUCUAUAGUACCGGACCAAGGACUCUCGAAAAGAAGUGUGUUGUUAACGCGCGAAUAGAUUUCGAGCCUCCAUGGUGUAACGGUGUUAUCGAGAAAAAUUUUAUGCCUCGUUCAUUGCUAGAUCGCAGACAUAAUAGACAUUUCUGUUUGUUUUGAUUUUAAAUAUCGGUCCAUUCAUCUUCUCCAUUAUCGAUUUCGUUUUGUGGUCAUCCUCAAAUUAAUACGAAAACGGGGAAGAGAUUAUACGGAGAAAUAAAUUUGUCGAAGGAAAUCAAGGAAAUCCUCCGGUUUUUUGAGCUUCGUUAAUGAAAUAUUUACCGAAGACUCAAAGAUCCCGAGAUGGAGUCCUAUCUCGUCAUCAUAGAUAUUCUCUUUAUAAACUCCGAUUUAUAAAAGUUUUAACGCAAACAAUACAGGAAUGCGAUAUUUUUUUUUUUGUUUCUUUGUUUGUUCGUUCAUUUGGUGUUUUUUUUUUCUUUAAUUUUUAUUUGUUUAUUUUCUUUUUUCAAAACGUCGAAGAUUGAACACAGGGCAUAAAAUUUUCCGACAUAAUAGUCAGUUUCUGUUCCUUGUUUGUUUCUCGAUAUUUUUUUGCAAUUUCAUGUUAUUAGAAUAUUCUGCAGUAUCUCGCCAUUAACCGAUUAAAAAAAAAAGAAAAAAAAGAAAAGAGAGAGAGAGAGAGAGGGGGGUAGAGAGAGAAUGAUGAUAGCUCGUAUCUUCGAUUUGAAGAAAUGUGAGGAUGAAGAAGAAGAAAAAGACGAAGUAAGUUGCAUUAAGAUGAAAAAUCUUCUUACCCCUAUAACGCCAUGGUACGGCGCAGCUAUAAGAAUUGUAAAUAACAAAUUAUCCGAAACAUGGUGCUCUGGAAAUCUAUUUUUUACGAGAAGAAACGUUCCAUUAAUUCGUAGGUUUAUAUUGUUUCUAAGGUCAUUAAUAUUAAUUUUACAUUUUCACUGUGUACAUAUUAUUAAACAUUAUUCUUCUGCGUGAUGCGAAUAUUCAUAACCAGUUUAUACGUACACAAUACACUUGCGUCACUCAAUUGUAAGCGACUACGUUAGGACGUCGUUUAAUUUGACAAUAUUAUCGCAUACGAAUGUAUUAUGGAAUGAAUCAUUACGAUAAUUACCUAUCUCAAAUUCGCUUGAAAUAAAUAACAUGUUGAAAAUUA